AUGAGCAACGACGCGCCUGUGCCCAUUUCGGACGAGGAGGUGGUCGCCCUGGCCAAGGCCGCUUUCAACCACUCCCGCCAGGACAUCAGCCAGCGUGGCCCGGACGCUCCGCGAGACGUGCAGCAGCACCACACCGGCAUCACCAUCGACCUCGGCCACAAGAACAUAGCGCGCCUGCCCGAUGAGGUUAUCGAUGUCAUCAGGGUGGAGAUUGAGAGGCUCGCCCUCUCGCACAAUCUCCUCACGACUCUCCCCUCACGACUGCUAGAAUGCAAGCGCCUUCGCUAUCUCAAUGUGCGCUACAACGCUAUGCGCGAGAUCCCCAGUGCUAUACUCGAGAUGACGUCGCUGGAAAUUCUAGACGUGAGCAGGAACAAGAUCAGAUCAGUCCCAGAAGGGAUCGCAAACUUGACCUCACUCAAAGUACUGGCUCUGGCGAAGAACAAAAUCGAGCAGUUGCCGGUGUGCCUGGGGGACAUCAACAGCCUGCAGGUCAUGAAGCUUGAGGGCAAUCCGUUGACCUUCCCGCCUCCGGAAGUCUGCACGAUCAAAGACAACGCACCCUCGCCGUCAAACGAGAACGAACGAGAUGCCGUCAUAGCUACGCAAGUCAAGAAGUUCAUGCGCCAACAAGCCUCCAAGCAGCGACAGCGGGCUGAGUUGGCACGUAUACGGAUAGAGUCAUCGAGUGACGAGAGCUGGACUGAGAGCAAUCCCGAGACACCGCGCCCGAACAAACGAGCUGCAGGUGGACGCUUCCCGGUGCGACCCAGUGUCAGCACAUUGGACGGCUUCACAGAGGGCAGAGAAGGUUCUCCGGGUCUAUCAGCGCCGCCUAUACCCACUCGAUCUCACUUCCGAGUGUCGUCGCAAACCAGUAACAACGGUGGGAGACCGCGGCCUCCAAUUUCGCCAUUGGCCCUGACGACUAGUUUGAGUGAGCGGAAUCGUAGUCAGAGCGAAGGCGCAGGUCCUUCGACACAGCGCCAGAAGCGCAUGGGCAUUUACACCAACAAGCACCAGGCAUCUGAGCAGCUCGGCUCGGUCGAUGAGUUGCGGCGCACUAGCCACUUUAGAGGCUUCAGUCAGGGAAUUGUCAUUCCUCUCAACGCAGCCAACGCAGUCUCUGGUCCUGCUACUGCCAUAGGAUAUGGAGACACAGGGACAGUUCGAUCGCUGGCGAAUCGCCCCCUGUCUGAUGUGCGAGAGCACAGACGUGGAUCGCGUGCUCCAGACAUUGUCGUCGAGGCCGCUAGAAAUUUUCUCUAUGCCAUCUCACAGCUUCACGACUGCGUCUCUCACAUGGUCCGGUCUAUCAAACUGACGACAAGACCAAAAGAGGCAGUUCGGAGAAAGGAAGACUUUUAUCGUCGGUUCUCGACGACUUAUCUCAACAUAAGGGUUUUGAAUGACGUCCUUCACAAGUUUAGCUCGCUUGUCGAGGAAGACGAAGAAGACGCACAACGACUCUCCAGGAGCGUCUACAUGUACGCGCUGCGCUGUCUAGAGUCAUUCAUGUCAAUCACUCUGUCGGUUGCAGAGAAUCGCGCCGAGAUUACGCAAAAUGCAAAUCCACAAGUCUUACGAACAUUUCUGUUCCUCCAACAGGGCAGCCUGAUCGAGAUGAGGAAUGCCUGUUCAAUAUUGGGAGCGCAAUUCAAGGAAACUUCUAUGAGCUCGCGCAGACCCAGCGUAGUAGACGCCCCUGGCACAAUACGUGCAAAGCCGAGAGUUCGACGGUUCCCAACAUCGCCACCUCAACGAAGCCAAUACCAGGUUCCACCGCCCGUCAUACUGCACAGCAAUGACAACAGCCGGACGAACACGAUGACGAGUAUCAGCGCUGCGACGCCUAGGUCAGGAGAGUCGUUCUCAACCUUAGCUACGAACAUGACCAGGACAAGCACGAUGACGAGCAAUUUCGAUGAGUCUGAUGAGGAUGUCCAGUUCGAUCGAGUCUACCAGAAGUUGAGGAACGCCAGCGAGAGCUGCAGAACAUCCAUGCCCCAGAUCACCCGCCUUUUACGAGAGCAAUUUGACGUCUUGCGACGAGACUUGGAUUCUGACCAUCCCAGGAUCAAAGCGCUUGCUGGUCUAAUUGAUAAGAGCAACGAGGUACAGCAGAUGACGAUACCUCUCGCAAGUCGCUUGUCGCAGAUGCAACUGAAAGAUAGCUAUACCCGUAGCCAAGCCGAGUUCUGGCAGCAGUGCAUGGGUUUCAUCAAGGCUUGGUUCGAAUUAGCUACAGCAUAUACACAACAGGGCAAGGAUCUCAAGCUUACGAGCCCUGAUGUGAAGCAGCUUAUGAGGCCACUCCAUAAAACGGUCAAGGAAGCCAGUAACGCCAUCUACAGCUCUCCGUGGUCGCAUCUGACGUCCAACAACCAUAGCUCGAUGGGUCCACCUUCAGCACUCUCGUCGAUUACGUCACGCACUCAGCCUCCGAGGUUCUUAAAUCGGCCAGGCAUGAGCGGCGGUAGCAACUCCUAUCUUGGUGCCAUCAACACGCAAGCCUCUAACGGAAACUCAAUGUACUCGGCUCAGCCCUACUCCACUGCAAGUCUUCUGUCGCACGGAUCGAGUGGCUACGGGACUCCUGGUGUACCGGCGACACCACUGAGUGCUGCUCUGGGCGCUGCUGCACAGGCUACGGUGCCAAAUACGCCCAAGUUCGCUUCCGGUCACGGUUCCGGCACACUGAAUGUUUUCGAACGGGCGGACAGGCUGCUGAGUAAUACUGCACGGCGCAUCUGA